UGAAACCGAAAGCAGCCGACGACUGUAACGUUAAAGACGCCAUUACAGGAGAUAGAACAUCAGCAAUCGCUUCACAUGUUACAGUCUGGAAUCAAGUCUCUGUGUGAGGAGAGAGAGGAGGAGGCGUCUGUUCGCACUCAGAGAGCAACAUCUCCAGUAUUCAGCUGUGUGUCCAUGAAGAGUAACAUCUCCAUGCAUGAACCCCCUACACUCAGCGAUGGGCCAUCUUCAGGAUCCAGCUGUGUGUCCAUGAAGAGUAACAACUCCAUGAUUAAUCCCCCUAUGUUCAGUAAUGGACCAUCUUCAGGAUUCAGCUGUGUGUCCAUGAGGAGUAACAACUCCAUGAUUAAUCCCCCUGUGUUCAGUAAUGGACCAUCUUCAGGAUUCAGCUGUGUGUCCAUGAAGAGUAACAACUCCAUGAUUAAUCCCCCUGUGUUCAGUAAUGGACCAUCUUCAGGAUUCAGCUGUGUGUCCAUGAAGAGUAACAACUCCAUGAUUAAUCCCCCUGUGUUCAGUAAUGGACCAUCUUCAGGAUUCAGCUGUGUGUCCAUGAAGAGUAACAACUCCAUGAUUAAUCCCCCUACACUCAGUAAUGGACCAUCUCCAGGAUUCAGCUGUGUGUCCAUGAAGAGUAACAACUCCAUGAUUAAUCCCCCUAUGUUCAGUAAUGGCCAAUCUUCAGGAUUCAGCUGUGUGUCCAUGAAGAGUAACAUCUCCAUGCGUGAACCCCCUGCACUCAGUAAUGGACCAUCUCCAGGAUUCAGCUGUGUGUCCAUGAAGAGUAACAACUCCAUGAUUAAUCCCCCUGUGUUCAGUAAUGGACCAUCUUCAGGAUUCAGCUGUGUGUCCAUGAAGAGUAACAACUCCAUGAUUAAUCCCCCUGUGUUCAGUAAUGGACAAUCUUCAGGAUUCAGCUGUGUGUCCAUGAAGAGUAACAACUCCAUGAUUAAUCCCCCUACACUCAGUAAUGGACCAUCUCCAGGAUUCAGCUGUGUGUCCAUGAAGAGUAACAACUCCAUGAUUAAUCCCCCUAUGUUCAGUAAUGGCCAAUCUUCAGGAUUCAGCUGUGUGUCCAUGAAGAGUAACAACUCCAUGAUUAAUCCCCUGUGUUCAGUAAUGGACCAUCUUCAGGAUUCAGCUGUG